AUGGGGAAGGAAGAGGAGAAUUCAAACCUGAGUUUACUUUUGGUCAAACUAGUGCAAGGUCUCUCGGUGGAGUGGGACUUCUCAAAGGAAGAGGAACAGGGUUGUGAAGAGAUUGAAGCAGGGAAGCAGUAUGCACCUUUGGGAAAAAAGCUUCUUGUGAACAAUGUUACCGCAGAGGACCUUGGGCUCUAUGCAUGCACAGCCAGACUGACCCACUCGGGGAGACAGUUCAUGAUUAGAAAUUACAUUGCUGUGAGCAGUAGCUCCACUCUCAUCGUGGACUGCAACAUAACAGAUACGAAGGGGAACACAAACCUGCGAUGCUGGAGAGUCAACAACACCCUGGUGGAUGACUACUACAGAGACUCCAGGCGCAUCCAGGAAGGGAUCGAGAUCAAUGUCUCUCAGAGGAAUCAUAUUUUUUACACAGUGAACAUAACGUUCUUCGAGGUGAAGAUGGAGGAUUAUGGCCGUCUUUUCACGUGCCACGCUGGCGUGUCUGUAGCCUACAUCAUGCUGAAACUCCCAGCUCCAGAUUUCCGGGCUUACCUCAUAGGAGGUCUGAUGGCCUUUCUGCUUCUGUUGGUGUCUGUUCUGUGCAUCUACAAUAGCUUUAAGGUUGACCUUGUUCUGUGGUAUAGAGGCACCUUCUACACUGCCCAGGCUCCAGAUGAUGGGAAGCUGUAUGAUGCCUACGUCUUAUACCCCAAGAGCCCACGAGAAAGCCAGGGCCAGGAUGUGGAUACACUGGUGUUGAAGAUCCUGCCAGAGGUGCUGGAGAACCAGUGUGGAUAUAAGUUAUUUAUAUUUGGCAGGGAUGAAUUCCCUGGGCAAGCUGUGGCCAACAUCAUUGAUGAAAACGUCAAACUGUGCAGGAGGCUGAUUGUGCUCAUGACACCUGAGUCAUCCAACUUCGGCUUUCUAAAGACCAUGUCAGAAGAACAAAUCGCUGUCUACAAUGCCCUCAUCCAGGAUGGCAUGAAGGUCAUUCUGAUUGAACUGGGGAAGAUCAAGGACUAUAGCACCAUGCCUGAGUCAAUUCAGUAUGUCCGGCAGAAGCAUGGGGCCAUCCAGUGCAAGGGGCACUUCACAGAGGAGCCGCAGUGUGCCAAGACCAAAUUCUGGAAGAAAGUGAGGUACCAUAUGCCACCUAGAAGAUAUCACCCCCCUGCCUCAGUCGAGCUGCUGAGGCGAACACCCUGCACCUGCACGGCAGGCAAAUGGGACGCUGCCACAGGGCUCAUAGCUUCCUGACAGAGCCUGGUUAGAGUGCAGCAGCUCACAGCUACAUCCUCUUUGAA